AGGAACACUCUCAGUGGGUGGCUGCAUCCCAGCAAACGUCCAGACCGCAGCGACUUAAUGCUGCAGAGUGUAACAAAGAUAACAAUACAAUACAAUACAACACAAAAACAAAAGUUUGUAUCAAACGAUCAAAUGCGCGUGCACGUGUGCGUGUCUGCGCGCGCAAGAUCCUGCACUGAACGAGUUUGGAUUUGAAAGUUGGAGCUGCAGGCGCCUGGAGAGUGUUUUUAAAGCUCAAAACACCGUCAGCGUGUGCGGGUUGCGGCUUUAUAAACUGCGGGAAAGUGGAUGAAAGCGACUGAUUUUAUGAUGAAAACGAUACUGAAGUUACUCAAUGUCGUACAGCGAUUACUAAACGACGGCAACAACAUAUCAGCUGUAUGCUGUAAAUCAGAGGAGCCACAUUCCAAGUCUUUUUUCCAAGGAAGUGUAGAAGAUCACAUUCUCUCAAAGCUGCCACAACAAGACCCCUUGGACACCACUGAGAUUCUGUUGGUGUGAUGGAUGCAGAGGUGGUGCUGCAGGAGGAGGACAUGGAGGGCUCCUGGACGCUGCUGUCCUGGCUGGCGUCCGUCGUCAUGGUCCUUGGGGGAGCCCUGCCCUACGUGCCACAGUACCAGGAGAUCCAGAGGAACAACAACACUGAGGGCUUCUCCACCAGAGUCUGUCUGGUGCUGCUCAUAGCCAACAUCCUGCGCAUAUUCUUCUGGAUAGGGAAGCAGUUUGAGCUGACUCUGCUGCUUCAGAGUGUGGUGAUGAUCCUCACCAUGUUCGCCAUGCUCCACCUCUGCUGCACGGUCCAAAACACCAACAGAGUGAGCACCAAGCAGCACCGACUUUCAGAUUUGGACGUGCGCUACUUCUGGAAGUGGAACGCGUUCGAGGACUACCUCCUCUUCUGCUUCGGCUUCACCGUUCUGUGUGCGGUGGUGACCCUGCUGCUGCUGGACUCCGCCGUGUUCGUCGAGACCCUGGGCUCCCUGGCCGUGGUGUUUGAGGCCAUGCUCGGCCUCCCUCAGCUGCUGCAAAACUUUCACAACCGCUCCACCAGAGGCAUGAGUGUGAAGAUGGUGCUGCUGUGGACGGCCGGCGACGUCUUCAAGACCGCCUACUACGUGAUGAACGAAAGCCCCGCUCAGUUCUGGGCGUGCGGUUCGGUCCAGAUCCUGAUCGAUGUGGCCAUCCUGCUCCAGGUGCUGUUUUACAGCCAAGACACCCGGGCCAAGCUUGGCUGAAUGGGACUGUUGCUGUGGGUAACAGAAAAGCUGCUGGCUUUUUGUGUUAACUUCAGUGACUCUGGUAACUGGAGGCCCUUCAAUAUUGCAGUUUUAGUAGAAUUGUCAGGGGAGACGCUGAGAGUCAGAAUAUGAAAACAAAGUAUAGAUUGUCUUUUCUUUUUUUUUUUUUUUUAUAGAAUUCAGCCUUGUCUUACACUACGUUGUCAUAAAUAUCAGGCUCACCCAGCCAAGUACCUCCAAGUGCCUUAAGCCACAAAUUUAUCUUUGAACAAACUCAUAUCAUCUUCAACUAAGGCCUAGACACCAAAUGUAUUUGCUUUAAGUUUAAUGAGGCAGCUUUUGCAUUUUUCGCCUUUUUUUUUUUUUUUUUUUUUUCUACUAUUUAUUUGCUGUUUGUGGAUUGUUAUGUGGACACCUGAGGUGUAGUGGACGUGGAAACUGUAACUGCAAGAGGAAAACGUGACUUGUUUUGGCAGCUCACUCACAGCCGAUGCUGCUCUGACGGCAGCUGUAACAACCGGUCCUGGACUGGUUACCUUGCACUGGAAUGAACUACCUGACUGAUGAGUCUCCCACUUCACACGCCGCACUUCACCGGCCUGUUUGAAUGAUUCACAGUGCUUGGAUGUGUGUGUGUGUGUGUGUGUGUGUGUGUGUGUGUGUGUGUGUGUGUGUGUAUGUGUGGGUGUGUGGUGGCACUUUCGCUUGCGUCUCUGUUUAGCUGAGAUUGAUUUUUGCCGUUGGCAUCGAGCAGCCAAGCCCAGGCCACAGAAUGUGCAUCAAGUAACGGUAACUACACAGUAACUACAUCGGUCUGGGUUGUGACUCUUGCUUAGUGGUUUGAUUGACAAUCAUUGCAGGUCUCCAGCAACACAAAGAACAGUGGGAAAACUGUGGGAACGCCACAAUGCUUUGCACUAACUACAGUACAGGUCAGUUUAAAUUUGGUUAUUCUCUCUGUGACAGCACUACUGAGUAUAUAUGCUCUCUUUGCUUGUUUCUACUAUCUCACUUGUGCUGUUUUUAUGGCCCUAUUUACUAAUUGCAAACAGCACCAGUGAAAGAAAGACGAGUCAUAAUUGAGCUCAUAAUUUAGUCUAAAUCUGCGCAGUUGGUAGAAAUAUUAUUGCUAAUGUUUUAACCUUAUCUUUUACUUACGUUUUAGUAUGAUAGCAGGUGCUCUAUUUAAUAAUAUAUGAACAAAUUGUCCUAUUUUUUCAAUUUCAUUAGCUUAAGUUGAACUUUUAGAGAACUAAAUGUAAAUUAUUUGUUUGUGGCUGAGUCUGCUUUUAUUUGAAUCUUUCCCUCUCUAUGAAAAUGUGUAAAAGUUUGGAUAUUUGCCAAACACGUGAUUUCAGAUCCAGACUUGACGAAUUCCCUGACUCUUCAAACCUGAUGGUAACGCUCAGCUAAACCCUUUCAACAAUUGACUGAUAUCUGUUUAUUGCUUUUACCCGUUCAGCAGACAUCAGUUGGCUUCAUUUCCAGACCCUCAGAGUGUUCCCAUCUUGCCUUGGUCGCUCUCUGAAAUGUCAGGAAGGUUUUAGAAAAUGUCUUAACUGAAGAGAGACGUGUUCCCUUGAUAGGUAAUGGGCCAGAGCACAGAUCAAAAUCACACUGAGCCUCUUCGGUUAAUACAAACUAAAGCUUUUGGAAUUGUUCAGUAGUAGCCUGAUCAAAUUAAAAUCUCUCAGAAUUUCAAGUGAUCUAAGAAAAAGUCUUAGCUUGCCAGACUUUUUAAUACGACCCUAUUUCAGUGUUUCUGUUGGCAGAGCAUUUUCUGCUAUCAUAAAGAAAGAGAAUAUAAAAUGUUACAGAUUACCUAUCUAUGUAAAGUAAAAGAUUUUUCACGCUACAAUCCAUUUAGCUGAAUCGUAACUGUUAAAACUGUUCAUUAAAUCAUGUUUGUCAUCCAAAAUUAAUUCUUUCCUCACACUUUAACAGCAAGAGAAAACUCAGAAACACAGAUGUAUACCAGUGCACAGCUACAAUGUAAACUACCUUUACUGUAUAUAGCAUGUUAAAUAAUUCCUAGAGGUGUUAUCCAAAGCGUCAAUCAAACUUAAAAGUGUCUCCAUUCAGCCAGAAAUGCUCUGUCAGACAGAAGACAUGUUUAAUUCCUGGAUGCAGCUUCAAAAAAUUAAAAAAUAAAAUAAAAUAAAAUUACAUCCAUUAUAGAAACAUCAUCCUCUCCAAAAAGCAAACGCUCUCUCAAAUAUAUUAUUCAGAGGCUCUGUUUAUAACCGCAGCACUAAUUUACCAAUGUACCCCUUAGGUGAGUUGGGGUUCUUUCACCUGAAAGUUUCCUCUAAGAAAAAAACACUAGAGGGGGGGAAGCAAAUCAGCACAAGGAGCUGAUCAGUAGUCAGCGCAGGUCUCCUUUUCCUUUCCACCCUAUGUGGUUUAAUUAAGUAAUAAUUUGUGUUUACUAGGUCUCUCAGUCGCCUUUUUACUUCCCCAAUUUAUGUCAGUCUGUUAAUCUUGAUGUUUCUGCUUCCCCUCGCUGAAUAUCAUAUUUAAAUUACACACUGCAGUGGUUCUAGUUUGUCUCAUACAUGCAGCUGGUGGCAUUUUAGGACAGGUGCCAUAACGGACUGUUUGGCUGCCAGUUUUGUGUCCUUCCAUCAUUGUGGCAUUCACAUUGUGUGGGCGGGUGGUUAUAUACUGUAUGCAUUCUACAAAUCCAUCUAUCUUACAUCUUCUGUCCAUACUGUAAGCUGUAUGUGUCUCCUUAUCUCCGCUACCGCAGUUACAUUACAUUAUUUCUGCAUUCUGUGCGCUCUUAUCACCAGAUGUGUAUCUUUAUAUUGUUUUCCCUCAGCUCAGGACACUUUACUUACCAUUUGGGCGCCCUGUGGCCUUUUCUUCUCAAGGACAGUCGGACAGAUUAACACAUACACACGCACACGUUUGUAUGGGUGAGGACAUUAAUUGACACAGUGCAUUCCUUAGCCCCUUCACCGGAAGGUAACUUUUACCCUCAAAACAAAUCCUAACCCUCAACAGCCUUGUAAAGCGGUGAGGCCAGAAUGUUCUCACUUUGCACAAAUGUUAAACUGGUCCUCAGAAAGAGUUAUACAACUGUACAUACACACACAAACCACCUGGUUGUGAUAAUCCGACGAGGAGCCUUAUCACCAUUUAUAUAAAAAGAAAAAACGAGUGGUUAAAUUUUCUUCAAAAAUGAAUUUAUGCAGAUUUUAGUAACUUUUGUCUUUUUUCUGUGUUGUACAACCAAUAAUAAUUAUUGCCUUGAAAACAAACCCAAAGAAUGCCAUUAAAUAUCAUGGUUAUCACAAGAUGCUAAGAUGUUACAUUAUGUAAAUGAAAAAAAAAGAACAUACUGUCUGACUGUAUGUAUGUGAAAUAUUUAUGGUUUUAUUUUCUCACAUAUAAAGUAUUUAUAUUGCA